AUGGUCGCCCUGUCUAAAGCGGCAACGGAUGCUCAGGCAGGGUUACCUCUUUCAGUGCACCAAAAAUGUCUGGCUGAGACUGUCAAGGACUAUUAUGAUCAGUUAUGCGAUCUUGCUGACAUGUUCACCUGCUUUGGCUGCGAUGCUGCCUACUUACUGGAAGAGGGAGAAGUCAUUCCGGACCUGUCUUAUUUCUUCCGGGGCAAUGGCCCCACAGAUGUUUCCAAGCCGUACUCCUCCGCCAUCGAGGCCCGGUACGAUCUUCACCUCGUAGACCAUGCUUUUGGGAAGGCUCUACGGUACAAUGUUCGAGGCAGCAUGCCGAUAUCUUGGACCUCAUUCUUGAAUUUGCCCGAGGGCAUGUCACCACUUGGAGAUGAUGACCUGCGGCUCGAGGAAUGGCUAAAAGCUCGCCAUCUCUUUGAUGUCUUCAGUAGCCGGCUUGCAAAUUACAUUGAGCACCUCCAGUCAAGCUCGUCAACGACCAGACAAGAGUUAUGGGAGGCGCGACUAAUGGCAGUCAUGCAAAAGGACUGGUCGGUGAUUAUCAAAUGUCUGGAGACUCCGAGCUCGCAACCUCUUGAUCGGCAAUAUUUCCAGGAUCUUCUGAAAGAUGCUGAAUCGCUCAUAUAUGCCGAGUCCGAGCCGAUGCAGUAUCCAGUCUUUACUCUGGCUGCGGAUGUGAUUCCGCGAAUGAGCCUCAUUGCUGGGUUCUCUGGUGAGCUGGAUCUGCAGAAAAGGGCCAUUUCGCUGCUGUAUGCCAUGCGAAGAAAAGAAGGCAUGUGGGAUAGUCGGGAGAUUGCGAGUGUGCUGGAGUCCAUCCUGCUGGCUAGGGAAAGCAGCAUCUGGGAUAUGGACAGGGAUGCUGUUAUCGCUGAAGCUGUAUGA